UCCGCGGAGGCGAGCGACGCGCGCGUCUCCGCUCCUGUUGUGGCCGUGCGUCAUCUGUCACUCCGGGCAGUGAUGGCGGAGGUGGAUGAGACCGAUGUUAUGAUGAAUUACCCCGGGGAUUUCACGAAAAGCGACAGAAAAAACAGCCGCUACCCUUACUGCGUUGUGUGGACACCUAUUCCUAUUUUAUCGUGGGUGCUCCCCUUCAUUGGUCACAUGGGUAUCUGCACCUCUUCUGGGAUUAUUCGAGAUUUUGCAGGAUCAUACUUUGUCUCGGAGGACAACAUGGGCUUUGGUAGACCAACAAAGUAUUGGAAGCUUGAUGUGGACAAAGUGUGCGGAAGCGGUGCUGCCACAUGGGACAAAGCAGUGCAUGACGCAUCUGAGGAAUACAAAUGUAGACCGCACAAUCUGUGCUUAGAUAACUGCCAUUCCCACGUCGCCAUGGCCCUCAACCUAAUGCGCUACGACAACAGCACGUCUUGGAACAUGGUGAACCUGUGUAUGCUGUCUCUUGUUCAUGGAAAACAUGUGAGCUGGGCAGCGUUCCUCAAGACCUGGCUUCCCUUUUUCAUGCUCUGCGGAGUCCUCGCCACGUUCAUCCUGACCCUGAACCUACAGUAGAGGAGCGAGCAGAUCAGCGAGCUAAUCAUAGACUUUGCUUCUACUUUACACGUUAUCAUUGGCUGUUGAAUGAUGUGUUUUGACGGGACAUUUGUUUGUGUAUUACAAAUGAAAGACUUGUCUGUCAGUGAUCUAGUCUCUUAGAGGAAUUUAAGGGCAACACCCAGCUGCUUAUGGGUAGUGUUGAAAUUAAUAAUUCAUUUACGAUUUAACAGUUGUUUUCUUUACUAAGUAUUUAUGAUUUAGUAAGGUGCAUAAGCAACAAUAUUUGCAAAACAUCUCCUCAGAAUUGACCAUUACUGUUUUCCACAUAAAGAGUAAAGGCAGAUGAUCCUCUCCAGAUUACGCCACAGUAGAGCGAUGGCAUUGAGUCCACGGAUGUGUUCUUCAAGAAUGGCAGUGACAAAUGUGUUUCCAGGCUGGCUAAUGUACAUCUUAGUGACGAAUCGGAUCACGGAAUCUUAAUGCUGAAAAUAUUCAUCAAUUAUUUGUCUAAGAGAUACGAGCCACACUACCAAAGAUAGAAUGAUGUAGAACCCCUCACAUGUGAUAAAUAGUGGUAUUGUGCUGUAAAAUGCCCUCCUCCCUCUUCAGUCCUCUUUCCUCUGGUGUGCAAACAUGUGAAGUGUUUUCUUUAGCAUGAGUGUAUUAUUUGCUUUUCUCCAGACAGAAGUCAAAUACUGUGCACCCUCAGGCUGGAGUGUUACUACAAACACUACAAAUUAUGAGCAAUACUGCAUCACACUAUGUAUUACUUAUUUGAUUUAUUUCUUUUUGAUGGGUACUAUAUGUGUAUAUUUAUCUGUUUUAAUAUUUCUGUUUCUGUAACUUCACAUUUUGGAUAUGCUUGCGUACAAAGUCUCCCCUGGCAGACUGUUUUGGAGGUCACAGGCUGUCGAUGCCCUAAUCGUCCUCUGUACCUUUAAGGGAAGCACGUACCUUUUUUUAUCCAGCAGAUUCUGCGUGAUAUGAACUCCCAUCAAUUUACGGGAUUCUUUAUUCCCUGAGUGGAGCACGUUCCGAAGGGCUGAUGCUGGAGCGCUCUGCUUUGAUUAGAUUUAUGAGAAUAGAAGCUGUAUUUAUAAUCUUACUAUGGACCUAAGUUUUUUUCUGUUGCAUUAACAAAACAA